AUGGGAAGAAGUGAAGACAUGAUAUCUCCAAACUCUGAAAAAGCAUGUCCAGAAUCAGAAAAAGCAUCUCCACCUAAACAGGCAUAUUAUGGGCCUGGAGUACCCAUGCCACCAUCAUAUUUGAACUCUGUAGUCAUGGCUAGUCAUGUUCCUCAUCCUCAUGUGUGGGCACCACCACAGGCAUAUUAUGGGCCUGGAGUACCCAUGCCACCAUCAUAUUUGAACUCUGUAGUCAUGUCUUGUCAUGUUCCUCAUCCUCAUGUGUGGGCACCACCACAGGUUGCAACUCCUGUGAGUGCACAAAUGCUUUCUACUUCAUCAGACAACAUGAAUCAAGGCUCAACAAAGAAGUUGAAAAGAUUGGAUGGAGUUGCUAUGCAAGUAGUCAAUGACAAUGCUAAGGUAUUUGCUUAA